UCAUACACCUGCAGAGCAGCCUCACAGGUAUCUGCUGUUUUAUGCAGACCACCCUGUCGUUGAUCCUGGGAGUUGAUUUCUCCGGUGUAAACAUGCCUCAUCACAGCCUUCCUCUAAGAGAAGACUUUCUCCUGUGCUCCAUCUGUCAGGAUGUGUUCACCCAUCCUGUCACAACACCAUGUGGACACACCUUCUGUAAAUCCUGCAUCACUGACCACUGGGGUCCCAGAGUCCCAUGUCAGUGUCCAACCUGUGAAAAGGUUUUUAAUACAGCCCCCCACAUGGAGGUCAACACUGUGGUCUCAGAGAUGGCUGCUCAGUUCAAACAGUCAGCUGAACAGAAAGAUGAGAGAAACAAGUUGACAGAAGUUCUCUGUGACGUUCUCAGAGCAACCAUGAUGAAAGACGUGACGUCCUGUCUGGAGUUCCUAGUGUGUGUCUUCAUAGUCUGGAUGGUUCUAGGACCAAACUCUCUUGGUUUGGUUCCUCUAAGAGAAGAAUAUGAUGGAAUGAAGCUGGAGAAACUGGAGGCUGAAAUUCAGGAGAUGAUUCAGAGGAAACAACAGAAGAUUGAAGAGAUCAGGCACUCUGUGGAGAUCAGCCAGACUCAUUUUCAGGAAUUCACUGAAUCUGUGGAGAGGAGCCUUAAACACUUUAUUGACAGGGUCGAUGAGAGGCAGAGGAAGGCAGAAGCAGAAGCUGAAGGCUUCAUCAGAGAGCUGGAACAGGAGAUCUCUGAGCUGAAGAAGAGAAGUUCUGACAUAGAGCAGCUCUCUGUCACUCAGCUGGACGAGUCACUCAGUAAAGAGAUACAGAAACAGAUGAAGAGGAUGUUUGCUGAGGCUGAGAUGAAGAGAUUUCAGCAGUAUGCUGUGGAUCUGACUCUGGAUCCUGAUACAGCACAUCCCUAUCUCAUCCUGUCUGAUGAUGGAAAACAAGUUCAUCAUGGUGAUGUUCAGCAACGUGUCCUAACAGAUCAUGGAUUCGACACAGCUCUCUGUGUGUUAUCACAGCAGAGUUUCUCUUCAGGCAGAUUUUAUUUUGAGGUUCAGGUUAAAGGGAAGACUUGCUGGGAUUUAGGAGUGGCUGAAGAAUCAAUCUACUUGAUGGAACAAAUCAUACUGACUCCUGAGGAUGGUUACUGGACAAUAGGGUUGAGGAAUGGAGAUGAGUACAAAGCUCGUAGUGACCCUCCAGUCCGUCUCUCUCUGCAGUCCUGUCCUGAGAAGGUGGGGGUGUUUGUGGAUUAUACGGGGCGUCUGGUUUCCUUUUAUGACGUUGAUACUGCAGCUCUGAUCUACUCCUUCACCCGCUGCCCUUUCAGAGAGAGACUCUACCCAUUCUUCAGUCCCUGUCCUAAUGAUGGUGGUAGAAACUCCGCCCCCCUGGUCAUCUCUCCUGUACGUCACACUGGUUAGACAGAAUCAUUCAAAUGAGUUUCAUCAAGAUUCAUCAAACACAUACUGAGUUAUGCCCCGAUCAUAUUUGGCCUUUUCCAAAUAUUUUGGUGUAAAUCCAUCAUGACUGACUGUAACAGGUUGUAGAGGGUUUUCAACAUUUGGCUGGACUUGUGUAUCAAAUAAAGGAGUGACCAUAC